AUGAUAUUCAAUGAUGUUGUUCUCAGAAACCAGUCAACAAAUUCAUUAGACUCUCUUAGAAUGAUUCAUAAUGCAUUUCCAUAUUCACAACAAGAUACGAAUGAAUUCAUUCAAUGGAUCAAGCAACUUAUUGAUGAACGUGAUUCAUCAAUCAAAAACAUUAAAUCAUUCAACAUUGAACAGUCUAAAAUGUAUGAAAAGAUUAACAAUCAUGAACCAGAUUUACAAACGAAAACUAAAUACACAAAGAUCUCGAGCAAUGAUUACGAAGAAACUCAUGAAGCUUUAGGGCAGAAAUUUUCAGAUCUGCAACGUCAUCUUAAUUAUUUUCAUCAACAAUUUGGAAAUAAAGAUUCAGAAACCGUUGAACUCCAACGUUUAAUGAAUAAAUUCUAA